GUGGGAGAGACAUGGUAACCCUAUCAUAACAAGCGCACCUCCUACCUGUCUGUCUUUUCAUCAAGAAACGCCUACCUUUUGACACCGGCCAGCGACGCCAGGGAGGCCUCGCAAAAAGAAAGUAAUUUUAGCAUGGUCUUUACGCGCAUGCUGUUAGUACUAUUCCAUGAAAUGCUUUAUUUUGACCAAAUCACUUCUUACAGUUACCAAGAGUACAGCUCGUAAUUCUGACUUAACACUAGAAUAACCUAAACAGGCGUGAAUAUGACAAGUUCCUCUUGAGGAGGCGUGUUUUCCUAAGCCCGUCAGUAAUAAUUAUAUUACACCCACUUUGCAAAUUAUAAUAUAACUUGACCAAUAAAAUUACUUUGUUACUGUUGUUCCCCAACCUAAAAUAAAGUUACAAGUAAGUUAAGUCGCUGAAUCUAUCAAUAGUUUUCAAACUACAACGAUUGUCAUGAUCUCGCCUACGGACACAUUAACUGCAGAAUGAAUUAAUAGGUAAACUCUGCACAUCUGGUUUUUAAUUAGAAGGAGCCAAUAAGCGUCAGUGUAUAAAAUUUCCCUUUCAAAUGCAGCUGUAGUGGCUAAAUUUGAUGCACAAUAGCAUUCACAGCAUAAAUAAAACGCCGUUAACCCGAGGAUCAGUUGCCUUAUUUCCACCUUGCGUACAGUUAAAGCAGAGUAUUUUUCAAGGGACUUGUCGACUCUGCAAUGUACUUAACAGCUUUAAAGCCCAGUACGUUUACAGUUCUCUUCAUGUUUUGCCUGCUUGUGAGGGCUUCGUCCUCCGUUGGCGCACUUGAUAAGAGGUCUGGAGACGAGCAUGAUGUCAUAGGGUCCUUUUCUACCGAUCCGGAAGAGGACGAAAUUAUCCUGAACGAGGAAAACCUUCGUCCGGAAUAUAGCCAAACAGAAGACACGGCAACCGAUGACGACUUCCCGCUACAAGGAAUUAUGAGCAACCUCAGGGAAAAAAGGGACAAAUGCCGUAAGCCUGGCACAACACAAAGUGUAGAUACACCAUAUACCACAACAGGAACUGGUCAACUUGUUUACGAGUGCAAAGAUCACUGCAGAUGUAAACAGUGUAUUAAGUGUGUUCCGAGCAAUAAGCCGGUUGUACAGGCACGAUAAUAUUGUCGAGUUGAUAAGACGAAUUACGGAUCAGGGCUAUAAUUAUGAGACUGGCGUAAAAUAACAUUGCUUGUAAGAUGUAACUAAAUAGAAAACUGAAAUAAAUAAAGUAAAUGAAGAUCAUGCCUUGUAACCCCAAA